AUGAGUGCUAAGGGCCGUCGUUCAAUGGUGCCUUUCGACGCAGGAUAUGUGGACACCUUGGGCUCGCAUUUUCUUUCGUUCUACGAUAAACUCAUGAUGAAUAUGCACUACAACUGCUUUGAAAAAUGCAAGACUCUAACGAACGAGGUGGUGAGGCACAGCCCUACCACACAAUGCCCCGAAGCUUUCAACAACGACCCAACAUCAAGCUCACUCUCACACUGCAACGAGCGCUUUUACUGCGAUGGCCUCUCUGGUCGUAACAGCUCACACGCCGAGUGCGAGACGUAUGGUAACGCACCUCUCGGCAGCUCCUUCUUCGGCGGCUCACCUUUCCUUGCAUCGCUCUUUGGCGGACAGGGUGGCUGGGGCUGGUUGGGACACAACCUUCCAAGUAUUUAUGGUUUUUUCUCACGUAUUCCCAGCACCUUUGGCUGGUGUAUUGACUGGGAAUCAGGCUCACCAAGUGGGUGCGGAAGAAUAUUGCAAGCUACCACAAAUUACGAACACUUGGAAGACACCAUUGGCUAUCCAGGAGUGAGUAACUCCAGCGACGCACCAGAUGAUUUUUUGAAGUGCCACUAUUGGAUACAGGCUCCACAGGGAAGAAGGAUUGAAGUGGUGUUAGUUAAGUAUAAUGAUACUGUUGCCACUGAUGGUUGCUAUCUGGCUGGCAUUGAGAUUAAAACACAAAAGGAUCAGCGUGCAACUGGUUACAGGCAAGAUGUAACGGAUGAUGUUGCUGUUAGAAGCAAGACUUAUUCCAGAGUUUGUUCCCCCUCCUAUAGAGGAUGGGUGUUCAGAUCUGAAAGCAACGUUGUUCCUAUCAUUACUUACAGCCGAGUCUGGCCGACUGAAGCAGUGUUGCGAUACCGAAUGGGUACGUAA